AUGUCAGAACACAAGUUCUCAUCCGACCCCGGUCAACAGCCUCCCAGCAGUGGUAAAGCACCUCGGUCAUGGGUCCCCCGCGCAUGUGAUCGUUGCCGCAAACGGAAAGCUCGAUGUGACCAGCAGGUCCCAUGCAGGAACUGCGCCGAGGCGAAUGUGACCUGCACUCACGACGCGCCGGUCCUCAAGCGUGGACCAAGGCCAAAACCGCGUAACCGCGAUGUCGAGUCGCGCCUCCGCAACCUCGAGUCCCUCCUCGCGUCCAUUUCGAAUGGCAAUUCGUCGGCGGCCCUGACGCUCUCGAGGAGAGAACUGGACCAGAUUCGUGUCGCUGCGCAUAUUGCUCCUGGACCAGACGCAUCGCCUGGUUCCGAGGCCAACGAGUCUGCGGCGACCCGAGAAACGAAGCCAUGGGUCGGGACACCGAGCGAGCCCACCGCGACGCCCAAAACCAACGCCAACUCGACUCCGACUGCGCCGCCCGCGCCUACCCCGAAUAUCAAUGCCAACCAGAUGCCGCACACGAACGGCAACACCCCGAUGGACGGUAACUACGUUCCAUCGAUAAUCUUUGACCCGUUCGGGGUCCCCGGUCCCAGUCAGCAGCAGAUCCCAACCAACAUGGUUUCCGGAAUGAAUCAGACUCUUGGACCGGCUGUCAACGACCCAACGUUGUACGCCGGGAUGCGUAGUCCGCAGCACAAGCCGGGCGGCAAGGAUCUGCUGUAUCGCGACGCCGAGGGGCAGACCAAGUGGCUCGGCCCCAGCUCUGGUAUGCCGUUACUUGAGCGGCUUAAAGUCAAUGGCAACUUCAACCCGCCUAUGGACGACAACGGGAACCCUGUGGCUGAUGAGUGGAUGUCCCUCACGAACGCCAUCGGUGUGGAUGUUGGCAAUGCGCAACACCUCAACGAGUUUACGUCUGCCAACCCCUCGGCAGCCGUGUCGCCGUCGAGCUCGAACGACGACUUCAUCUGGGAGCGCGUCACGAACGUCGUCCCAUCAGAUCUUGUGGACUCGCUGGUUCGCUCGUACUUUACCAUCUCGCACCUGCUCUGGCCCAUCUUGCACGCCCCGACGUUCAUGCAGUCUUACGUCGACCCGGAGCACCGUAAGAACCCCUCGUUCGUCGCGCUCGUCCUAUCGAUCUGCUCCCUGUCUUCGCGCUACACACCAGACGACCGGUUACGGCAAGCCAGGAAGACUGGCAACCUGCUAGCGCACGACCUGAUUGAACUGGCCAAGGACAUCACCGCCCAGGCUUCGGCGGAGCGGUCUGACCUUUACAUUGUCCAGGCGCUGUUCAACCUCGCUGUUGUGCAGGAGGGUACUGCGCGUACCAACCAGCUGUGGACGUUCCUCUCGCAAGGCGUGAGCAUUGCGCUCGAUCUCGGUCUCCACCGCCGCAAGGACGAUUACAACUUUACUGCCGUCGAGAUGGAAGAGCAAAAGCGCACGUUUUGGGCACUGUACUGCCAAACGGUUCAGGCGUCCUGUACCUACGGCCGGCCACCCAUGCUCCGCCUGAUUGACAUUGACAUGGACGAGCCUGCGGCUGUGGACGACGUGUACAUCUCGGUCGACGGAGGCAUCGGCACCCAGCCGCCAGACCGUCCAUCGGUCAUGGCGGGCUUUGUUGCCGGCGUUCGUCUUCACAUGAUCCUCGAGCGCACGAUCCGUCGUGUCAACAUGGUCACCCGUCCCAUGGAGAACUCGACCCCGUCGUUCCUCGACCUCGUUUACGGGGGAACCUUGCGGACAUACCGCAUCCCUGACGAGCUCGAGCUCCUGCCACACGUUACCGAUGGGCUUGUGGGCGACUGGUCCUUCUCUCCUUCCACAGUUUCUGACUCGGACUCUGUGCGCUUCUUCCAGCGCACGCGCGUGUUCACAUUGCAGCAGUUCAUCCGGCUGUUAUCCGCGCGGCACCGGUUCACCGAACUGCUCGCCCAGCCUGAAGGGCCAGGGUCCCCAGGGACGUCGGAGGAGCAAGCUGUACUGCAGCAGAUCACGCAAUCUGCUCUUGGCAUUAUUGGCACGUACUCGAUCAUUGACACCCAAGCUCGCCUCGACUACUUUGGCGCCCACGCAAUCUCCCAAUUGACCCAGGCGGGUGCCGGUCUGAUUGGCGUCUUACUGCAUGUCCGCAGCUCGCCAAGUGCUGGCGACAACGUGUUGCACGUCGCGCUGCAGGGCCUGUGCGCGUCCAUUCUCGUUCUCACCAAGCUCGGCCAUCGUCGUCCAGCAGGCAACCGUUCUGCGGAGCUGCUUAUCGAGUUUGCGAGAGCGUGUCGCAUCCUGAUUCCCGGACUGCCUGAUGGCGAGCGGCUGGCGGCUCCGGGAUCAAUCGAGGUGCCAAUGCUGCGUGCAUUGCCACGCCGAGCCAACACAAACACGCAGGGGAAGGGCGAGGACUCUCUGAGCCAGGCGCAGUUUGACGAGUGGCUCGGUAUUGCGCUCCAGGGCGCGCCCGACGUGUGGAUGAAUGCGGAACACGCUGCUGGCUUUACGCCAGACCAGACUGCGUUCGCAUUGUAA